AUGAGGACGGUUCAGAUGACUCCGAGGGAUCUGAUGAGGAGGGCGACGAGAUGCGGACUGGUGGUGUUGGGAAGCAGUGCGCGCGAGCUGAACCCCUACUUCAAGACUGGCGAUGGCUUCCCUGACUCCGCCCCUGCCCAACCUGCCACCCACCCUGCCGCCCAACGGCCGGGCUCUGCCCGCCCAGCAGCGCCGCCCGCGGUGGGCGAUGGCGGCGCCAGCUGGCGGCUGAAGGCUCUGCGGCGCGCCAAGGAGCAGGCAGAGCGCGAGGGCAAGCAGCUGAGCGAGGUGGUGUCAGACCGGUGGGGCUCGCUCUCCUCCCUCACGGCGCGCCUCUCCUCCGCCCGCGCUGCCCCCGCCUUUGCCCACAAGCAUGCUGCGCGCGAUAGAGAGAGGGGCGCUGGGGGGGAUAGAGCGGACGAAGGGGAAGAGGCGCAGGAUGGGAGGGGAGAAGGAGAAAGGGAGGGGAAAAGGAGCUGGGGUGGUGAAAGUUCGCGGAUUGAAGAUGAGGAGGAGGAUGGAGGGAGAGGUGGAGAGGGGACGGGUUGGAGAGGCAGGGAGGGAGGCAGAGACAGGGAGGGAGGCAGAGACAGGGAGAAAGGCAGAGACAGGGAGGGAGGCACAAGGGACAAGGGCAGCAGAGGCAGGGGAGGGUGGAAGCAGGAAGGGGAGUGCGAGAGAGAGGGAGAGGGGCGUGGCAGGAGGGGUGGGCGGGAUGAUGGUGGUGAGGAGGAGGACGAGGAGGAGGAGAGGCGGAUGAGGGGCGGCAGGAGGGGAUACCUGGAGGGCGUGUCAGCGGGGGCGAGGGCAAGCAUGCGGCUGGCCCGUGCUGACGGCGCGGGGCCAGGUGUGGGUGGAGGAGAAUCAGAGAAGGGGGUUGGGGCUGGGGAGGACGCGAGGGGUGCAGACGGUGGUAGGAGAGGAGCAGCAGGGGAGAGGAGGCGGGAUGCAGUAAGCAGUGGUGGGGCUGGAGGGAGGGCAGAGGAAGCAGCCGCAGGUGAUGGGGAGAAGAGUGAAAGGAGGGAGGGCGGUGAGGGAAGGGCGAGUGGGGAUGGUGGAAAGAGGGGUGUGGGAGAGGAGUUGGGGAGAUGUUCGGCAGGGGGAGGGGAUGGCAUGGAGAGCGGUGGUGGGCGAGGUGGUGAGGCUGCUGUGGACGCGGGCGAUGCACGCGUGCAGGAGAUACUGGCAGAGGGACUGACAGCCAAUCAGAUGGCAGCAAAGGCCAUGCGGCUCAAGCUGAUGGGCAAGGCUGAGGAAGCCGACUGCUGGCAGCGAGCAGCAGCGGCCAAGUCCCAGCCCCCUCCACCAGCACCACCGCCCGCGCCGCUGGCUGCACCGGCCACAUCCACACUGGAGCCCCGCGCCCUGGGGGAGGGCAGAGGGGACGGAGAGGGGGAGGCGGGGGAGGGGGAGGGGGAGGGGCGGAGGGAGGUGGUGCAGCUGCCGCUGGUGGAUGGCAGGGGGCGGUACCUGCCAGCUGUCAUGGCGGCACGGGAGGGGCGGGACGAGGUGCAGGCUGGGCGGCGGGAGAAGCGUGUGGAGCGAUACGAUGUGGAGGCGGGCACGGGGCAGCGCGCGAGGCCAUCACAGCAGCAGAGGGAGAAGGCGGGGCAGGUGGGCGAGUUCAGGCGGCAGGCAGCGGUGCAGCAGCGCUGCCAGCAGUGCAUCGACAGCCCUGCCCGCCCACGCCACCUCGUGGUGUCUGUUGCCGCCCACAGCUACCUCAUGCUGCCACCCGCCGGCUCUCUGCUGCCCAACCACGUGCUCAUCGUGCCGUCAGAGCACGAGGGCAGCAUGCGCGUGGUGGAGGAGGCGGUGUGGGACGAGGUGCGCAACUUCAAGAAGUGCCUCACGCGCAUGGCCAUGGCCAUGGCCGCUGAGGAGGGCGCGGGGGUGAUCUUCCUCGAGACGGCCGUGGGGGUGGGGGGGGGUGCGGGGCGGCAGCGCAGGCACUGCUACGUGGAGGCCAUCCCCGUGCCCGCUGCUGUCAUGGCGCAGGCCCCUCUCUACUUCAAAAAGGCGUUGGACGAGGCGGAGAGCGAGUGGAGCGAGCAGCACAGCAAGCGCAUCAUCGACACGCGUGCCAUCAGGGGCGGGCUGCGCUCCGCCAUCCCGCCCAACUUCCCCUACUUCCACGUCGAGUUCGGCCUGCAGGGCGGCUACUGCCAUGUGAUUGACGACGAGAGCUCCUUCAAGCCGUCGUUCGGCCGCGAUGUGAUCGCCGGCAUGUUGGAGAUGGACCCUGAGAGGUUCGGCGGGAGAGCACGCGCCAGAGGGGGUCGGGGAGGGGUGGGGUCGCGCCCGCAGGAGGUGCAGCAGAGCGUUGCCAAGUUUAUAGAGAGCUGGAAGCCGUUUGAUUGGACCAAGAUGCUUGACUCGUGA